AUGAAAGCACUGAUUGACCGUAAUGUUGGUGAAGAUCCUCGCCUCGAGGCGUUCAAGAAGCAGUGGUUUGAAAACAAGGAUUGUCUCGAUAUUGGAUGCAACCAGGGUUUGGUAACGAUUGGCUUAGAGAGUAUGGAUGGAUGUUCAGAACAGUAUGACACCAUACUCUGUUUGAGUGUGACAAAAUGGAUCCACCUGAACUGGGGUGAUGAUGGCCUAGUUACUUUGUUCGUGAAGAUCUGGAGGCUUCUUAGACCGGGAGGUGUUUUUAUCAUGGAGCCUCAACCAUGGAGUUCAUAUAAGAAUAACAGAUUAGUUUCAGAGGUUGCCAAAGAGAACUUCAACACCAUCUGUAUAUACCCAGAGUCAUUUCGGGAAAUUCUUCUAGACAAGAUUGGAUUUAGGUCGGUAGAGUUGAUUGCGGACAGAUUGGUGGGUACCGUCAGUGGUUUCAACCGCCCAAUAGAAGUUUACCACAAAUGA